AUGCUCCUGUCGUCAAACAAAGCCUGGGAGCCGUGGUUUCCUGUGGGCAGCAAAGGUCUUGCCGGUGGAGCCCUAGGGCUGGCGGCUCUGAAGCGUUUUGCCAUCGAUGGUCCGCCGGAAUUCGAUCCGGCGCCUGCAUCGCUGAAGGGCAAGACGGUGGUCAUCACCGGCGGAAACACCGGUCUUGGCAAGGAAUCCGCUUUGCGGCUCGCCAAGGCUGGAGCUACAGUCGUGCUGACGGCCCGAAGUGAGGAGAAGGGUCGCAAGGCCUUGGCGGAUGUGAAGGCCGCAUCCGGCAAUGAGGAUGUUCACUUCCUCCAGCUGGACCUGGCAGACCUGGAAAACGUGAAGUCCUUCAAACAGCGCUUCACGAAAGAACCGUAUGGUGGCGGAAAAAUCGAUGUGCUCAUGAACAACGCAGGGGUCAUGGCCAUCCCAGAGAGAAAGGAGACGAAGAACGGGUUUGAGCAGCAGCUUGGAGUCAACCAUCUCGAUUAUGGUGGUGAGCUCGGUGUGGGAACCAGUCUCGGCGGACGGCAAGUUGCGGAUGGGAGCUUGCAGUCUUUGCGUUUGGCCAAGGCCAUGGACACCAGUCAUGCGCCGUCCUGGUUGCAGCGAAGCAUUCAUGCCACUCCAGUCCUUGUGGCGCAGACGCUCUACAAGAUGAAAGGGCAGACUCCGCACAUUGCUUUCGUCGGGAGAUCCAACGUCGGCAAGUCCACACUGUUGAACAUGCUGCUGCAUCGUCGGCCUUCUCCUGUUCCUGAGCACUGGAGCAACAGUAAGAAGUUGCACUUACCCACGGCGGCCCCUGUGUCGCACACGCCGGGAAGGACUCGGCACUUGUUCCGCUUUGAGCUUGGUGGAACGCUAACAUUGGUGGAUCUGCCGGGCUAUGGACACGCCGCGAAGACUCCAAAGGAGGUCAAGGAAAGUUGGAGGGAGCUGGUUGACGGAUAUUUGACUAAUGCAGAUCAGCUCCGCCUAGUCGUUUCCUUGGUGGACGGCAGAGUGGGCGUGAAGCGAUCAGACGAAGAGCUGUGGGAGCUCCUGGAAGAACGGCAGCGGCAGCUUAUGGUGGUGCUCACCAAGGUUGACCAAUGUUCGCCAGAAAUGCUCAACAGGACCAUGGCACAUGUCGUGUCUCUUCUGGAGAUGAAGAAAGCGACUUUCAUCUGGCCCUACGUGCAUGCAGUCAGUGGUCUUCAUGGCCAUGGGGUUGACGAGCUGAGGGCAUCCGUAAGCUUAGUAGCCUCAGACUAUGCGGCUCGAAAGCAGAGCAAGAAAAACAAGGCAACCGCUGCGAUUCCACAGGCGCUCACCGGCGAACUUUUGCCUUUGUUGGAGAAGGCGAAGGACGGAGCCCGGGUCAUCGCGGUAUCGAGCACCGCGCACCUGGGAGCCAACAAGGAGCUCAUGACAGGAGACCUCAUGGCACCUGAACGAUACACUCAGUGGGGUGCAUACUGCCAGUCAAAGCUGGCCAACGUGCUCUUCGCAAAAGAGUUGGACCGAAAGUUCAAAAAGGCGGGCAUCAAUGCUACUGCUGUAUCCUGCCAUCCCGGCGGCGUGGACACGGACCUCCAGAGAUGGACGGUGACUGCAGAUGGUGACCCACAGAAGGCCACCCAACUUCGCAAGGACUGCAUCAGCAGCUGCUCGAUAUUCGUAUGUCUCAAGUUGCACAAUGCCUUUUUGGCAGAAUCUCCUACCGAUGCAGUGCUGGCUCUUCGUGGCUGCCGAUCCUGCUCUAUCUUCACGCUUCUUCAGGACACGCCUGCCGCUGAUGCGUUUAUCAGCUUCGUGACUCGAUCCGUCCAGCUGGCCAUGGCGGACGAGCCGUCGCCGGACUUGCAGAGGGAGACUCCGGGUCCAGAGCAACCGCCACCCGGCAAGAGGGUUCCGGCUCCACCACCGAGCCUCCGGACGCAGAGGGCUAGGGCAAAGAAAGCGAGGGAGGAUGAGCCGCAUCGACCUGCUUGGGACGACAGGCAUCACCUCAACUUCAACGACGACAAUGCCGAGAAGCCGAAAAGGCUGCGGAGUUACUUCAGUCGGCCACAGUCUUUGCCAGAGCUGCGCGCAGAUGUGGAAAAAAGACCACAUGCGAAGUCAAUCCUCAAAAAGCUGGAGGCAGAGGAGGUGCCUGCACAGGUUCCAACCUUUGUAUCUGCAGAUGCAGGGCCAGCCGUUUGUCCGACCCGUCAUGUAGCAGGAGGUGUCAUGAUUGACCGCGAUGGGACGCAAUGCCCCUGGAACAACCGAUGGCAAGCCGGAGUCCACAUCCUGAACGAGCAGAUGCAUCCAUUGCACCGCUCCUCCUUCGCCACGAAGAGCUUAUUUGAAACCGCACCUUCGCAGAGGUGGCGACGACACCUCGAUGUGCAGAACGAGUGCGGAUCCUGGCGUUCCAUGAUCACCUCAAAGGGUGCGAGGUUUCCACCACUGGGGGUCUAA